UCUAGCUUUGAAGCAGAUCCGUUACCAAUCAGUUGCCAUGAUUGGAGUAUGUGCCAUUGAGGUCCCAUGCAAAAUUGAAAACCUUAUUGUUUCGUGUUUAUUGCAGCCAUGGCUCUAAAAGGACAAGAAGACUAUAUUUAUCUUUUCAAGGAUUCAGCGCAUCCAGUGGAUUUUCUGGAUGCCUUCAGAACAUUUUACUUGGAUGGAUUAUUUACUGAUAUUACCCUUCAGUGUCCUUCCGGCAUCAUCUUCCAUUGCCACCGAGCAGUUUUAGCUGCUUGCAGCAAUUAUUUUAAGGCAAUGUUCACAGCUGACAUGAAAGAAAAAUUUAAAAAUAAAAUAAAAAUCUCUGGCAUCCACCAUGAUAUUUUGGAAGCCCUGGUAAAUUAUGCAUACACUUCCCAAAUCGAAAUAACUAAAAGAAAUGUUCAAAGCCUGCUUGAAGCAGCUGAUCUGCUCCAGUUCCUUUCGGUAAAGAAAGCUUGCGAGCAGUUUUUGGUAAGGCACCUGGAUAUUGAUAAUUGUAUUGGCAUGCACUCCUUUGCAGAGUUUCAUGUAUGCCCUGAGCUAGAGAAGGAAUCCCGACGAAUUCUGUGUUCAAGGUUUAAGGAAGUAUGGCAACAAGAAGAAUUUCUAGAAAUCAACCUUGAAAAGUUUCUCUUUAUCUUAUCCAGAAAGAAUCUCAGUGUUUGGAAAGAAGAAGCGAUCAUAGAGCCAGUUAUUAAAUGGACAGCUCAUGAUAUAGAAAAUCGAAUUGAAUGCCUUUAUAAUCUACUAAGCUAUAUCAAUAUGGAUGUAGAUCCAGUGUAUUUAAAAACAGCUUUAAGCCUUCAAAGAAGCUGCUUACUCACUGAAAAUAAGAUACGCUCACUCAUAUACAAUGCUUUGAAUCCUAUGCAUAAGGAGAUUUCCCAGAGGUCCACAGCCACAAUGUAUAUAAUUGGGGGCUAUUACUGGCAUCCUUUAUCAGAGGUCCACAUUUGGGACCCUAUGACAAAUGUUUGGAUUCAGGGAGCAGAAAUACCAGAUUAUACUAGGGAGAGCUAUGGUGUCACAUGUCUGGGACCCAACAUUUAUGUGACCGGGGGUUACAGGACAGAUAAUAUCGAAGCACUUGACACGGUGUGGAUCUACAACAGUGAAAAUGACGAAUGGACAGAAGGUUUGCCGAUGCUCAAUGCCAGGUAUUACCACUGUGCUGUCACCUUGGGUGGCUGUGUCUAUGCUCUAGGUGGUUACAGGAAAGGGGCUCCAGCCGAAGAGGCUGAGUUCUAUGAUCCCUUAAAAGAGAAGUGGAUUCCAAUUGCCAACAUGAUAAAAGGUGUGGGGAAUGCUACUGCCUGUGUCUUACAUGAAGUCAUCUAUGUCAUUGGCGGUCACUGUGGCUACAGAGGAAGCUGCACCUAUGACAAAGUCCAGAGCUACAAUUCGGACAUCAAUGAGUGGAGCCUUAUCACUUCUAGCCCACAUCCAGAAUACGGCUUAUGUUCUGUUCCGUUUGAAAAUAAACUCUAUCUCGUUGGUGGACAAACUACAAUCACGGAAUGCUAUGACCCUGAGCAAAACGAAUGGCGAGAGAUCGCUUCCAUGAUGGAAAGGAGGAUGGAGUGUGGGGCCGUCAUCAUGAAUGGCUGUAUCUAUGUCACCGGCGGCUACUCAUACUCGAAGGGAACAUACCUUCAAAGCAUUGAGAAAUACGAUCCAGAUCUCAAUAAGUGGGAAAUUGUGGGGAAUCUUCCUAGUGCCAUGCGGUCCCAUGGAUGUGUUUGUGUGUAUAAUGUUUGAUUAUAUCGAUGAAAAUGACCAAAUAAUUAUUGUCCAGGAAGUAGUCAUCAGGAAUGUGGAGUUUGGAGUUCUUGUUACUGUGCUUUGGUACAUAACAGGUAAAUUCUCAUUCUUUAUCACUGCCCCACUCCCCCGAACUCCUAGAUACAAUGAUUAAUGGUCAAGAAAAUUCUUAGUAAAUCUGCAGUUGAAUCAGUGGAGUUAACACCAGUAGUCUCUGCUUUUCUGAGCUGAUAAUGUUGAAUACUUGAUAAAAGGUAAAAUAAUGGAAUUUUUUUCUCUUGGUAGCAUCAACACUGGUUUUAAGUAAGAGUUGUUCUGUGAAAUGAAAUGUCUCUCAUGACCUUGUAAUGUAAAAAUCAUGGUAUGUCAGCUAGCAGGAAUUCAAAGUUUAGAGGAGGAAAUCUCUACCUCUACAAAAUCAACACUACUUUUUUUUGACUUUUUUAAUUAUUUAGAUUGUAGUUCUACUAUAAAUCUCUUUCCUUUGUAGUAUGUGUAAUUUAUUAUUCUUUGCUGUCUAUCAGAGAGAUACGAUGAUACGUGCGAAGGAUUAUUAAUGUUCGGGGUUUACGAUUUAAAAGGAUGACAAAUCUGAAAUUUUUCAGAGAAAACUGUCAAAACAUUUGCUGACCUAUUUGCUGAUCCUUUUGGGCUGUGAUAUAAAAUGCUAGUUUAGCUAUCUUUAGUUUACGCAUGUUAGGAAAUUCUCUUUAUUACUGAAGUAUAGAUAUACAUCUACAUAUAAAAUUAAAUUUUAGAGCCAGUAAGCAUGUAAGAAGAGUUGUGAUGUAGUAGAAAAUACACUGAUGAGAAGAAAUAGGCACUCAUCCCUUCUCUGCCACUAAGUGGAACUUAUGGCGUGGAUGGAGUCCCUUGACCUCCCAUAAUCAGAACUCCCUGACACUGGUACUUUUGGGUCACAACGGUACCCACAUAUGGUGGUCCCAGUAUUUCUUGGGGUAGGCAGAGAUGCCCUGGGUAGCUGGACCUUCUGGAUCAGAAAACCUCCAUCCAUCUUCUUCAGUGUAUCUGCAGGAUCAUUUUCCAUUUGAGGAAAGUUGGGAAGCAUUGUUAAAUUCAUCUAAAUGUUUCCUGACUUGUUAGAUUAUCUAUUUACUACAUUCUUUAUUUUAAAAAGUACAUACAGUAAUUAUCUUUAACUUUCAAUACUGAUAUUUAAUACUACCUAAGGCUUUGAUUUUUUUUUUAAUUAUUUAAAUGGUCUAAUGCAGUUCUAAGGUGUCACUUUAAAUAGGCACACUCUUUGGGGAAUGCAGUAUGGUACUACAUAGAGCCAUUAAAAUGACUGUGUCUUUGCCCCAUAAAUUCUACUUUAGCGAUUUGCAACCUAAAGAAUAAUAUAAAAAUGAAACAUUUUAAAAGUGUAUAAAUGCAUGAGGAUGUUUAUGUCUACAUUUAUAGUAGAAAAAUGGAAAUAAUUGUGCAUGUCAUGGGAGAAAGUGAGUUAAUAAGUAUAGUGAGAUACUAUAUUGCUGUUAAAAUUUGGAAGACUAGAAAUAUAGAUGUGUUGUGGUGAGUAAAAUAACUGCAAAACCAAAUGGCAUGCACACACUGAUUGUGACUUUGUAAAAUCCUUGUGCAUGUGAAAGGUAACAGGCAAAACAAAAAUUCACUGUUAGUGUACUGGGACAUGGAAUGCUUUUUAAUUUAUUUACACAUUUUUCCUUAGUAUUACUUUGUGUUUUCAAUAAAAAUAAACAAGUCACUGUA